AUGUCGGCACGCCUCGAAUGUGACCGACAUGGAGUCCCGCAGUUCGACGGGACGGCAGAUGUGUUUGAAGAAUAUGAGGAACGGGCUUGGGACCUGUUCUAUGGAAGAGCUGGCAACGACGCCACCCAGAUCGCCACACCGAUCCACCUUCGUUCAGGGCUCACGGCCGCUGCUUAUGAUGCUGUUCGCAAGCUGAGCCAUGAAUCCCUGUGCACUUCGAGGGAUGGAAAGGCGACCGAUGCUGGCAUGAAGCUCCUCAUCCGGACUCUCAAAGAGUCCAUAGCUGCUGAAGUUCCGGUGAGGAUCAACGAGCUCUUCCUGACCGCCUUCUACUCGCCCCAGGUUUGGAGAAAGCCCUCAGAGACGAUGCAACAAUAUAUUGUGAGAAGGGAGCAGGACUUCAACCGGCUGCUGGAGGCAUCAUCUGGCACCCAGGUCUCCGACAACCUCCGCAGUAUGAUGUUGCUGAUCUUCUCCGGCCUGGACCACCGCGAGCAGUUGAGCGUCCUUGCAAGUGUUGGCAAUGAGUAUGACUUCAAGAAGAUUAGUCAUGCCCUGAGGAUUCAAUACCCUCAAGCCACGGGCAAGCCACUUGCAAGAAGAGAUUAUUUGGGGGCCAGUCGAGGCUCACGAAGCUUCAAUGAUGGCCCACCUCAGAGCCGCUACAAGUGGAAGAUGACCCAAAAGGCUCGUUCAGUUUUGGCUGCAACCCAUGAAGAUGAGGAUGAUGACCCUGCAGCCGACCUCGGCGAAGAGAUCUUCUACGAAGAUGAGGUUCCUGAGGAUGACGAGCCGGCAGAUGAGGCCUUCGUGAACUACUCCGACGAUGAAGAGUUGGAGGCCCUCCUGAGCGAGAAUCGAGAACUGCUAGAUGAUUCCCAGGUGGCUGAAGCAUACGCCACCAUUGCUCAGUUCAAGAAGAAGAAGCAGUUCAGCACUUCUCCCAAGAAGAGCUCAGGAGGACAAGGUGGUCCAUAUCCCUUCAAGGCCACCGGAGAAUUGAGUUUUGAUGCCAAGGCCAAAGAACAGCGCAAGUCAGCUGUUCGCUUCUUGAAGAGCGUCACUCCAUGCACCACUUGCGGCCAGCGUGGUCACUGGUCCGGCGAUGCAGAAUGUCCUCAACGCUCCAACACCAAGAAGGGCAAGGGAAAGGGAAGUCAGGCUAAGAAGACAGCCUCACCGAAGAGGACAUCGCAAUCCUUCUUUGUGCUCCACGACCAGAUCGAGUCUGAUGAAGAAGCUGAGCAUCCUGUCAUCAACAUCGCGGACACCUCUGAAGUGCCACCGAAGGACAUGGAUCAUGAGAAUGCCUUGCCCCCAACGUAUGACCUGAUCCAUGAGUACGCCGACAUGACGGCGAAUGACCCAGUCCUCGACUCCAUCGACGGCACUGGACGGAAUGCAGACGCCUACAUGAUGGCGAAUGACCCGGUCGCUGACCCCUCCGACGGCAAUGGACCGGGAGCUAGUUUCACCGCUUCCAAGUUUUCCGAAUGCUUUGUCAACUUCAAGAGCCCAAUCCUCUGCGAGCAUGCCCGAGGAAAUGGUGGUCCUGAGCGUCAAUAUCAUCGUGGAGCAAACGGCCACACGAGACACCUCUCCUGCAAGGAUUGUGACAAGACUGUUUUGGUCGCCCGCCGGAAAGAACCUGUUCAGUUGUGGGGCUACUUGGUCCAGGUUCUCAUGGCCACAAAGUGGGGAUCAGCACUUCGAUCCGAGGGUCUCUACCGCUAUGCAGGCCGACUGACUCACGAGUACGCUCGAGAACGAGAUGGACUACGUCCUCUACCACCACCUCGCGGUUCCUCCGCUAUGUCAGCUGCGCCCUCAGCCUGGGAGUUGGUUGCACCGAGCACUCCUUCAGGCUAUGUCAAGUCGCCUUCUUCACCAAGUACCACUUCGGAAAUGUCAACCGCACGGAUCGUGCGACAGCCCAGGCACCAGGCCUGGCUCUAUGGAGUGCAGCUUGCACCAGGUGUUGAACUUCCGCCAUUUCCACCACUUGCGGAAGGUGAUGAAGACAUCUUGAUCCCUUUGCCUUCGGAUCAGGAACCUUUGAUGUUGGAGCAGGGAACGAUUCCUUUUGCAGUUGCUUCUGCCUCUCCCGAGUACGAGCCCUACUGCCAGCAGGUAUUGAAGCAUGCCUUGGACAAUCAGCCCAUGGACCCGACGGUCUAUCGCUUUGCCUUCUACCUGUACGGCAAGGUCAAACUGGCAUGGGCAGCUGGUCACCGACUCGUGAAGGGUGCUGGAUCUUCCGCUGCCAAGCGAGGCAAGCCUGAUGACAUGACCGGCACGAGGUACAUGAUCUUCCCUGUACGAGCAGACCCAUCUAUGCCUGCUCAGGUCCAAGAGUGCGAAUGCAUGAUGGUUGCCUCCGAAGAGAUCGAGGAGAACGUCAAGUAUGAGGCCUUUGCACUCGAAGCGCAAGACCCUCCAGGCCUGGCCAUCCUCGACUCCGGCUGCACAAGAACCAUGCACGGUUCAGAAUGGGCACAUCGCUUUGAAGAAGAGAUCUCCAAGUAUGACCUGGUGCCCAAGGUCCGUGACAAAAGACAAACCUUCAAGGGCAUUGGAGGAGCAGCCGAGUCCAAGAUUGUCAAAGUUUUCCCAGUUGGCAUUGGAGGAUCACAUGGAGUCAUCCACUCUGCCGAGACCGACGGCCAGACACCAAUGCUGAUCUCUCGACCUUUCAUGCAGGCCCUUGGAACCAUCAUCGACUUGAAGAACAACACCGUGUCCUUCAGCGAGCUUGGCAUCAGUUCACUGCCACUUCAUCGCACUCGGAGAGGACACUUGGCCAUUAGCCUGCUUGACUUCAGCGACAUCAAGUCCAACAUCGACUUUGAAAAGGCUCAGAUCUCAGAGUUCCCUGAGGAAGAGGUCUACAUCCAUGACGAGACCUACGAGCUUCCCCUUGAUGCCCGCAUCGACUAUGAUGAGUACGACAUGAACCCCGAUGACUGGGCAGACCAACAAGAAUGGUUGGAUAUGAUGAGGGAAGAGGUCGCCAUGACCAAGAUGUACGAAGCCCGUCAGGGACCCUGGGCCAACAAACCUCCUGAUCCACCUGAACCAGAUCAAGCGUUGUUCCUCGACCUUGAUGAGCCACCAGAUGAUGGCCACCACUGUGAUGAUGAAGACAUCUUCCUGUCCAUGGUUGAUGAGGGACACUUCACUACACGGAAGCCAAGUUCCAAAAAGGGCAAGAAGCUUGAGUCCAUGAACCUCUCCCUUGAUGGCGACGACUACAAUCGCUCUCGCAUCCUCAAGAAUGAGAACACCAUCAAGGUGAAACGCCGACCUCCUUGCGGCAAGACAUGGUUCAAACAGCUUUUUGCUGGGCAGCUGGGCAUUUCCCUCCUUGGCAUCUUCAUCGGCAUGAGCAUUGGCAUCCCCUUGGAUAUCACUUCACGCUCUUGGGAUGCAUCUACUUCUGCUGGUCGCCGACUGUUGCAUCAGGACUAUCAGGUCGAAGACCCCUACUGCACGAUCAUCACCCAUCCGUGCGGACCUUGGGGAUCCUGGUCAAGAUUCAACCUUGCCAAGGGAGGUCAAGCUGCAGAGACUGUCAAGGCACUCCGUGAAUCCAACCGUGAAGUCCUCAAGACUGUCAACAAGACUGUGAAGGACAGACUUCGAGCCAAGCGACAUGUCUUCAUCGAGCAGCCCGCCGGAACUGAGUCGCUAUGUGAAGAUGAGAUGAAAGACAUUAUGAACUACAUCACCUCCGGCGACCUGAUCCUGCUCCGUGUUGAUGGCUGCAUGGUCGGCUAUCACGACCGAGAGAGCAAGUUGCCCCACUACAAACCGUCAAUUUACAUCACCUCCAUGAUUGCUGCAGAGUCCAUCUUUGCCAACAAGUGCUGCAGCAGAGACCACCGUCACGAACCUCUGGAGGGAAACAACACCUAUGGUUCUCGGACUACACAAGCUGCUGAAUGGCCCGAGAAACUCAACCAGUUGGUCCUGGACACCAUCAUCCAACAAGCCGCAAUCGAGACCGAGGCUCACUCAGUGAAACCCGAGGUCAUGACCAAGGUCAAGGAGGCAGUCCCAAAAGACAGAAACUGCGACGAGGUCGAGUCGCCACACUUGGCUCCAACUUUGGCACACCACCGGUCUACAUCCGACCUGGCCAAUUGGAAGAUCCACUACCUCAAGAACCACGAUGAUGAUGGGGCACCACAAGACGACCAUGACUUCAGGGCUGAACGUGCAGCCGCCUUGGAUCCCAUCCUCAACAUUGGAGAAGGUGAACGUCGCCAACAGUGGCUCCAGAUCGAUCCUGAGAUCAGAAAGAUCCUCCGUGACCUCCACACCAACUUUGGUCAUUGCACGAACACGAUCCUCCGUCGUCAAGGUGCAAAAGAAGAAGCAAUUCGAGGAGCUGGACUUCUGGCCUGCGAUGCCUGUGGUGAUAGCAUCAGAGCCAAGAGACCAAAGCCAGUUGUUUGUUGUAUGGGCCUACACUCCGGAGUCCCGUCUUCAAGUGUAGCACUUCGCCAUUUUGCAACUUCCUGGACUUCAUGGUGCGGGCUCCCUCACAGUAUUCAAGUUGAUAGAGGAAAGGAGUUCAUGGCAAGGUUCGCAGACCACCUCAAGACCUUCGGCAUUGAGCAAGAGGUCAUGCCCUUGGAAGCUCCAUGGAAAGGUGGACGCUGUGAACGAGCUGGCGGUCUUUGGAAAGAUCUUUGGAUCAAGACAUGCCUUGAGUGCCAAAUCGUUGGAUUAGAUGAUGUCAUCCUGGCCACCGGCAUUGUCACUCAGACCCGCAACAGCUUUCCACGAAGUAAUGGAUACUCACCCAACCAAUGGGUGCUUGGUGUUCCCGAACUCCGACUACCUGGCUCACUGCUCACGAAUGAAGCCGGACAGCAACUAGAAGUUCUUGAGGCAGCUGAAAACCCACAAUCACAGAUGGCAAAGACACUGCAGAUCCGUGAAGCUGCCCGUGUUGCUCAGGUCAGACUGGACACAGACUCUCGUAUUCGCAGAGCCCUUCUUCGUCAGAGCACUCCAACAAGAGGACCAUACCCGAUUGGAUCCUACGUCUACUUCUACAAGAAGCAGCUUGGUCCCCAGCGAGUGACUGACAAACGACAGUACAACUGGUUUGGCCCAGCGAGAGUGAUUGGUGUGGAACUUCGCAACCCACGUCGUUUAGAAGAUCAAGAUCCACCCACUGAAGGCGGUCAACCACACUCCUAUUGGCUUCGCUAUGGACCUUCCGUUGUCUUGGCCACAGGUGAGCAACUCCGAUUCGCUUCUGAAGACGAGCUUUUGGCCGCUCACUGCAUUCCUUCUUAUGCAGUUCACUUCGUGGUGCUCGCAACUAUGUCGACGCCCGGCCACUCCAGCUUGAGAACCUCAACCUGCCAGGGGGAUGUGCGAGUCACUGAAGCCAUCUACACGGCUGAAGCAAGAGAUCACGCCCUGACUGACACCAUUGAAGAUGAUUGGCGUGCCAGCGAUCCACAAGAACAACGUCCACUCACCUUCCAAUGGACAGGCGAGACCAUCUUCUACCUAAUCAACCAGCCAGAUGGCGAUGACGGCGACAUGGUCUACACACCAUCAGACAAUGAACUUGAUGCACCACAACCGCCACAGCCACCAGCUCAGGAACCACAGCAAGAGAUAAGGACGGGCUCAAUACGCCGCCUGAUCCACAAGCAGGACGAGCGUUUCCACUUCAUGUGCCACCAACUCCGCCAGUUGGCUUCAGGCCACCGCAGCCCACGGCAACAUUGGACACUCGAUGGUUAUGGCCCCACCACGUCCAAUAACCAGCCCCGGGUUUACCCCGGACCGUACCUGGCCGAUCCAUGGCCCGAUGAGUGCAAUGACCUCCAGGCCAAUUCUGGUCUGAAAGAGCUCCGUCGCCUCCAAGGCCAAGAAGACGGAGAAACCUCCUCUGACGUUGAGGUCACUGAAGACCCACCAGCUGGACCCUUCGAAGAGGCAAUGCUCACUGGAAAGGCUGCAGUUCGCUCAGAGAUCAAUCUCGCAGCUCUCUCACCAGAAGACCGCCUCAAGUUCGAUGCCAGCAUGGAGAAAGAAUGGCUGAGCUGGCAGAAGUUCAGCGCUGUGGAGAUCCUCACGGAUGAACAGGUCCAAGCACUGCCCGACGAUUGUCAGGUGAUCGGCACGCGGUGGGUUCACACCGACAAGAACUCCAAGCCUCGAGCACUGGCAAUGGCCCUCGCUCGCAAGACGGGCAAGUCAGAAGAUCAGAUCAAGGCCGAGUACCCGUUCGAAGCAAAGUCAAGAAUGGUGGUACAAGGGUGCCAAGAACAAGAUCCAGGCAUCCGCAGUGAUUCACCUACAGCAUCGCUCCUCGCCUUCAACUUUGUUACGGCCAUCACCGUUGUCAUGGGAUGGACCAUUGAGGCCUAUGAUGCCAGCACGGCAUACCUUCAGAGCCAAGGCAUCUCAAGGCUGCUGAUCUUGAGGCCACCAAGGCCUCCACCUCCGGGCAUCUCUCCACUCUCACUGCUGAGAGCAAAAGGAAGUAUCUACGGCACUCGUGACGCCGGGCGCUCUUGGUGGAGAAAGCUCUAUCGUGUGCUCCUCAGCAAGCAAUGGGUGAUGAGCAAGCUGGAACCUGCACUCUUCUUCCUCUACGAGGACAAGAACCUGACCGGCAUCCUGAUCUCUCAUGUGGAUGACCUCUACUGUUCCGGCAUUGGCAAGCUCUAUGAAGAGUCAAUGCGUAUCCUCGAGAAGGAGAUCUACCUGAAGAAGAAAGUUGGUGAGUUCCGCUUCUGCGGGAAGAAUGUCAAGCAGCUCCCAGACGGCUCGAUCGCUGUCGAUCAAGAAGAUGCAAUCUGGAGCCUCGACUAUGUGGUCCUGGACAAGAAGCGACGUGCUCAGCCAAAUGCACGCCUGACCGAGCCUGAGAAGACACAGUUCCGAGCCCUCAUUGGCUCACUUGGCUGGAUCGCGCGCCAGACGCGACCAGAUGUUUUGGUGAAUGUCAGCAUCGCUUCACAACAGCUGGGCUCUCCCUCCAUCAAGGACAUGGUGGACCUGAACAAGGUGGUCCGAGCCUUGAAAGAGACACCAGCUGAGAAGUGGAACUUCAUCAAGCCUCCGUGCGAGCUCAAGGACCUGGCUGUCUUUGCCAUGUCCGACAGCAGCUUUGCCAACACCAACGGCUUGAAGAGCCAAACCGGCUAUGUCGUCGGCCUUUGCACCUCCGAGAUCACCACCGGUGUUCCCACGGCCAUUUUGGUUUUGGAGACCUACAGUGGCAGCAUUAAGCGGGUAUGUCGCUCGACUCUGGCUGCUGAGACGAAUGGGUUUUUGACGGCCGCUGAAGCUGCCGACUAUGUGAGGUCGCUCCUGCUGGAACUCCAGCAUCCUGGUUGUCGCAUGGCGGACCUUGACCGCCACUUCGUGAGGGGAAAGCUCCAUCUUUUCACGGAUGCCAAAAGCCUUGAGUCGACGCUCAAUAAAGACGCAGGGCAACCGAACGACAAACGGGUGAGAAUCCUCCUCGCCCAAGUGAAGGAAAUUUUGGACCGAGCGGCCGACGACGAGCCAGACCUCCAGGUCCUUUGGGUUGACACAGCCCAAAUGCUGGCUGAUGUUUUGACUAAGGUCGGCUGUGAGAGGGAACCUCUCUUGGAAGCCCUUUCAAAGGGGACCUGGACUCUCCAAGCUUCCACCGAAGCCCUAGCAAGGAAGCAAGCCAUCAGAGAUGGCAGAAAACGCAGAAAGGCUGCCGCCAGACCCCCAAAGGAUGAGGACGGGUGUGAAACAGUCAAUGAGCAUGGCAGUUGA